AUCGAAAUCCCGAAAUUGAAGAGAGCGUCAGAGCGUUUGAAGAGAAAUCCCGAAAUUGAAGAGAGUUUGUAGAGAAGCGGCGAUGUCGAAGAGGUUUGGUAAUCUGUUGAUCGGCAAGACCUACAGUCUCACAGUCCUCCGCCGUAGAAUUUAUCUGUUUCGCGAAGGGGAGAGGAGCAUGAUACUUCCGGUGAGCAUCCACUGCAACACUUGUGCCAAUCGCAUGCCCCAAGGCACCAAUUUGAACUAUGUAAGACGACGCUCCCUCUCCAAGACUUCUUUGGGAGCUCCAAUAGUUACAUUUUUCUUCAAUUGUACCAAGUGCCGGGCACUCAUCCGGAUGAAGGAAGACCCAGAGAAUUCAGGCUAUGUUGUUGAGGAUGGUGCUACUGAAGUUCUUGAACAUGAGAAAUCAGAACACCUUCGAAAGAUUCGUGAUGAAGAUGGUUUGGAUCCUGAAACAUCUGACUCUAAUUUGAAGAAAUCUGGGCAUCAUCGAAAGAUUCAUGAUGAAGCUGGCUUAGAUUAUGAAACAUCCGACUCUGAUUUGAAGAGACAAAAGCUUAUGAUUGGGCUUCCUAGCAACCCAACAGAGUCGUUCACUCUUUCGCUCAAGCACAGAGGUAUGCUAGCACUGAGGCAAAGAUGAACCAUUUGUUGCUGGAGGGAUGAAAAAAACCAAUUGUUCAAGUGAUGUAGUAGAACUAUUUUGUGGAACUAUGAUCAUUAUGAUUAGUUACCUACUGUAUUGUGUAUUAACUUCUCAUUCUCAGCUAGUCUUUCCCCAUGUGGAGAAUUUCGAUUGUGAAUUGCUCUCGAGAUGAUUUUUGAAUUUCCACUACCCAUUGAUAUUACGAUUGUAUGUACUUCCCUAGGCCCUAGUUGGAGAAAUAUUACUCUCUGUUCCAACCUUAAAUAUAAUAUUACUGAAAUUCUUGUUCUUGUCAUCA